GUGUUUUGGCUGAUGAGAACUGUGGCGGACGUCGCGUCGACGCAGGACACGUACGCGCCUCAUUCUAUCCGGAUCGAGGGACACUUGACCUUAGGCGGACUUUUCCCCGUGCACGCCAGAGGGGCCGAUGGCGCGCCGUGCGGCGACAUCAAAAAGGAGAACGGCAUCCAUCGGCUGGAGGCCAUGAUGUACGCUCUGGACCAAAUCAACCAGGACGACCAACUCUUACCCAACAUCACUUUAGGCGCCCGGGUGCUGGACACUUGUUCGAGGGACACGUACGCGCUGGAGCAGUCGUUAACUUUCGUCCAGGCCCUCAUCACCAAGGACACCUCAGACGUGAGGUGCACGAACGGGGAGCCGCCGGUAUUCGUCAAACCAGAGAAAGUGGUGGGAGUCAUCGGAGCCUCGGCGAGUUCGGUGUCAAUCAUGGUGGCCAACAUUUUGCGCCUCUUCCAGAUCCCACAGAUCAGCUAUGCGUCAACAGCCCCAGAGCUGAGUGAUGACCGGCGCUAUGAUUUUUUCUCACGGGUCGUUCCUCCAGACUCAUUCCAGGCCCAGGCCAUGGUGGACAUCAUCCAGGCCUUGGGCUGGACCUAUGUCUCAACCAUAGCCUCCGAGGGCAGCUAUGGAGAGAAGGGUGUGGAGGCCUUCACACAGCUCUCCAAAGAAGCAGGUGGGAUCUGCAUCGCUCAGUCUUUGAAAAUUCCCCACAACCCCAAGCUGGAGGAUUAUGACAAAGCCAUCCAACAACUGCUGGAAACACAGCACUCUCGGGCAGUCAUCAUCUUCGCCAGCGAGGAAGACAUACGGGGAGUUCUCAAUGCCACCAAGAGGGCCAAUCAGGUGGGCCAUUUCCUGUGGAUUGGAUCUGACAGCUGGGGGGCCAAGAGCAGCCCGAUCCACCAACUGGAGGAUGUCGCGGUGGCAGCAAUCACUAUACUGCCGAAACGCUCCUCGAUUAAAGGAUUUGAUGAGUACUUCACAGCACUCACCCUGGAGAACAAUCGCAGGAACGUGUGGUUUGCUGAGUUUUGGGAGGAAAACUUUGACUGCAGGCUCCUCAGCGCCUCCAAGAGAGAGGACACCAGCCGCAAAUGCACAGGCCAGGAGCGCAUCGGCAUCGACUCCAAGUAUGAGCAGGAGGGGAAAGUGCAGUUUGUGAUUGAUGCGGUGUACGCCGUGGCUCACGCACUCCACACCAUGCAGCGAGACCUAUGUCCGGACCAUCCUGGCAUCUGCCCGGAAAUGGAGACCGCCGAGGGCAAGACGCUGCUCAAGUACAUCCGUAACACCAGCUUCAAUGGCAGCGCUGGCACCUCUGUUAUGUUUAACAAAAAUGGCGACGCCCCAGGACGUUACGACCUGUUCCAGUUUCAAACGACCAACUCGUCCACCCCGGAGUACCGGGUGGUCGGCCAGUGGGUGGAGUCUCUUCAGCUCCGGCUGGAAGAGCUGCAGUGGCCAGAUGGCGAGCUGGAGGUUCCGAUAUCUGUAUGCAGCCUGCCCUGCAAGACUGGCGAGAGGAAGAAGAGGGUAAAGGGUAUGCCGUGCUGCUGGCUCUGUGAGCUGUGUGAUGGCUAUCAGUACCAGUACGAUGAGACCUUCUGCAGGAUGUGUGCCUAUAACAUGAGGCCCAACCCCAACAGGACGGCCUGCCAGCCCAUCCCCAUUGUCAAGUUAGAGUGGCACUCCCCCUGGGCGGUGAUCCCCGUCUUCCUGGCCAUGCUUGGGAUCAUCGCCACCAUCUUUGUCAUGGGAACGUUUGUGCGGCACAAUGACACGCCCAUUGUGCGGGCCUCGGGCCGCGAGCUGAGCUACGUGCUGCUCACGGGGAUCUUUCUGUGUUACAUCAUUACCUUCCUCAUGAUUGCCAAACCGGAUGUGGGCGUGUGCGCCUUCAGGAGGAUCUUCCUGGGUCUGGGCAUGUGCAUCAGCUACGCCGCUCUGCUCACUAAGACCAACCGAAUCUACCGCAUCUUUGAGCAGGGCAAGCAGACAGUCACAGCCCCGCGUUUCAUCAGUCCUACCUCCCAGAUUGCAAUCACCAGCAGUCUGAUCUGUGUGCAGCUGCUUGGGGUGUUGGUGUGGUUUGCUGUGGACCCGCCCAACACCAUCAUCGACUACGAUGAGCAGAAAACCAUAAACCCCAUGUUGGCACGCGGCGUGCUGAAGUGUGACAUCACAGACCUCCAGAUCAUCUGUUCACUGGGCUACAGUAUUCUGCUCAUGGUUACAUGCACCAUCUAUGCCAUCAAGACAAGGGAUGUACCAGAAGACUUCAACGAGGCCAAGCCUAUCGGUUUCACUAUGUACACCACCUGCAUCGUAUGGCUGGCCUUCAUCCCCAUUUUCUUUGGCACGGCCCAGUCUGCAGAGAAACUGUACAUCCAGACCACCACUUUGACCAUCUCCAUGAACCUCAGUGCCUCGGUAGCACUGGGCAUGCUCUACAUGCCCAAGGUGUACAUCAUUAUCUUCCACCCGGAGCUCAAUGUGCAGAAGAGGAAGCGUAGCUUCAAGGCUGUCGUCACCGCCGCCACGAUGUCCUCCCGCUUGUCGCAGAAGCCCAGCGAGAGGCCCAACGGAGAGGCCAAGACUGAGCUGUGUGAAAACCCCUCCACCGAUGUCCUGAGUCAAGCGAGUAAGAAAACCUACGUGAGCUACAACAAUCUCAGGAUCUGA